GAUCAUUGGAGCUGCAGUGGACUCUGACCGACGCAACUGUAACCAUGUGAAUCUCAUCUCGGGCUGCUAAAGAACAUCAGUCACUAAAGCCUCCUUGUACAAUGAUAACAAGUCCUUUCCAGUGCUUUGAGGAACUGGCCAAACUUAUAUGACACACACAGAAGUGGACUGACCCGGCUGCACCAUGGCUCUGCUCGUGCACCUCCUGGCCUGCGCCUUCGGCCUCGGCUCUUGGGUUGCAGUGAACGGUCUGUGGGUGGAACUUCCUCUCAUCGUCAACGCUCUCCCUGAAGGCUGGGAGAUCCCCUCCUACCUGACCAUCCUCAUUCAGAUGGCCAACCUGGGCCCGCUGCUGGUCACCCUCACACACAAGCUGUGCCCGGGUCGCCUCAACGAGCGAGCUGUCAUUUACUUCAUCCUCUGUCUCGGCAUCGUGUCCUGCAUCCUGCUCGCCUUCUUCUGGGACAAGACUACCGUCGUGGCCGGGGCAUCGCACAGUACGGCCUUCUUCAUCAUCACCUUCUUCCUGUCUCUGGUGGAUUGCACGUCCUCAGUGACCUUCCUGCCUUUCAUGAUGCAGCUUCCGGCAAAAUACAUCACCACAUUUUAUAUUGGCGAAGGCCUGAGUGGUUUCAUUCCUGGCGUGGUUGCUUUGGCACAAGGUGUAGGCAUCUCCAAAUGUGUCAACUCCUCUCAAACUUCAGAAAAUCACACAUAUGGGGACACGUGGUCAUUACAAACUGAGUAUCUGCCACCAAACUUUACCACAGAGGUGUUUUUCUUCUUUUUAGCUGCCAUGAUGUGCCUAAGUUUAGCUGCUUUUGUUGCACUGAACAGGCUUCCUCGGACGUUUGAACUGUCCACUGAAAACCUCGUGCAAGACGUUGUAGCGUCAGUCAGCUCCGGUUUGGACAACCCAGGAGCACGGACUGAUGGAGAGGUUGAAAAAAGCCCAGAGCAGGGAACAGCUGAACGCAGGCGUCUGCUAGCCUAUCCCAAACACUCCGUGUACGAGCUGACCUACAUCUACUUUCUGGUGGUGUGGAUUAAUGCUGCAACUAAUGGGCUGCUACCCUCGGUCCAGACGUACUCCUGCAUGCCAUAUGGGAACCUCGCCUAUCACCUCUCUGCAGCUCUGUCAUCGGUGGCCAACCCAGUGGCCUGCACUAUCGCAAUGUUCUUCCAAAACAGGUCCCUGAUCUUCCUGGGUUCUCUGACCGUGUUGGGGACGGGCUUUGGCAGCUACAACAUGGCCAUGGCAGCUAUGAGUCCAUGUCCUCUGCUCCACGGGUCUGCGGCGGGAGAGGCGGUUAUUGUGCUGUCUUGGCUCUUGUUCACGGGCACGCUGUCGUACGUGAAGGUGAUGGUGGGGGUGAUCCUGAGAGACCGCAGCCACAGCGCCCUGGUCUGGUACGGAGCUGCAGGACAGACGGGGUCACUGGUCGGCUCGGUCACCAUGUUCCCGCUGGUCAACGUCCUCAAGCUGUUUAAGUCUGGAGACUUAUGCAACAUUCAGUGUCCUUCGUGAGAACUGCAGCAGCGAGCAGAAGCUGGAGACUGAGCUGAAUGGACAGAUUUAUAUUUUGGGAUACAUGCUUAUUUAAUUCCUUGCUGUCAGCAGUCAGCUAUGGAGGAUUUUUUGUGCCAAAAUUAAAUAAAUAAAUACAUCAUUAAUUAAUUAAAAUGGGAAUGAAAUAUAUCAUUAAUUAAUUAAAUGUGUCAUUAAUUAAUUAAAAUUAGAAUGAAAUAUGUCAUUAAUUAAUUAAAAUACAAUUCAUUUUAAGUAAAAAUAUAUAUUUAUUAUCUCAGCAUUUAAUUAAUUAAUGACACAUUUAAUUAAUGAUUUCGUGUUACGUGUGAAUCAUGAAAUGUAAAACUGCAUUUAAUUAAUUAAUGACACAUUUAAUUAAUGAUUUCGUGUUGCUGAAUCAUGAAAUGUAAAUGUAAAACUGUCAGUUUCACUCGUCAAACUCAGUGGGCGGGGCUAACGCGAAUCCAGUGGAAUCCACUGCUUUGGUCUGAAACUGGAGGUAGAAGAGGAAGCCGUUCUAAACAUGACAGCUGUCAGUUCGGAGGAUUUUCGUGAACUUUGUAGAGAGUUGGUGAGCGAUAUCUUCGACCUUGCAGAGUAUGUGGAAGCAGGACCUGCUGACCCCGAGCAUGUAGCGUGUAAAGCAGAGGAAGUUCCUCUGCUUCCUCUGCUGGAUUCGCGUUAGCCCCGCCCACUGAGUUUGACGAGUGAAACUGACAGUUUUACAUUUACAUUUCAUGAUUCAGCAACACAAAAUCAUUAAUUAAAUGUGUCAUUAAUUAAUUAAAUGCAGUUUUACAUUUCAUGAUUCACACGUAACACGAAAUCAUUAAUUAAAUGUGUCAUUAAUUAAUUAAAUGCUGAAAUAAUAAAUAUAUAUUUUAACUUAAAAUGAAUUGUAUUUUAAUUAAUGAAUGACAUAUUUCAUUCUAAUUUUAAUUAAUUAAUGACACAUUUAAUUCAUUAAUGAUAUAUUUCAUUCCCAUUUUAAUUAAUUAAUUAUGUAUUUAUUUAUUUAAUUUUGGCACAAAAAAUCCUCCAUAGUCAGCAGCGUCUGUACUGUUUUAGAAAACUGUCCAAAUUCCAUGUUGAUUCAUCCUUGAUGUCCAUGUUCUAUUAUUCUUUCAUUGAGUCUGUAUUAACUUUUUCUUUCAUUUGUUGGUUUUCAUCACUUAGGGUAAAGCAGAAAACUGUUCUCACCAAGGUGGUUAAUGUCUGUAGUAAAAUAAUUGGCUCUGCUCAGGUGACUCUACAGGACCUGGAUAACAAACAGCUGUAUAGGAAAGCAAAAACUAUCAGACUGUUCCAUCCUCUACACCAAGAGUUUCAGUUCCUCCCAUCGGGUACAUUGGUCAGACUUCCACUUGUCAAAACUAACAGAUAUAAACAUUAUUUUGUUCCUUCUGCAUCUCCCUUCUCAAUUCCACGAGGAAAAGGUAGCUGUUGUGGUGCUUGGAUUUUUAGAUUUAAACUCAUUGUCUUUUUUUACUAUGUGUAUAUGUGUAUAUAUUGCUGCAAAAUUAAUUGGCCCAUUGGGGACAAAUAAAGUUAUUAUUGAUUGA